AUGCCUCUGGUUGACGUCCUCAUCAUCGGCGCAGGUCCUGCCGGCCUAUCUGCAGCUCUCGCGCUUGCUCGCCAACUACAUACUGCUAUCGUCUUUAACAGCUCGCUCUUCCGCAACGCGCGUUCAGCGCAUAUGCAUACCAUACCCACAUGGGAUCACAAAGACUCCGCUGCCUUCAGGGCUACGACGCGCAAGGAGAUCUCGGAGCGUUACAAGACCAUCUCAUUCGAGGAUCGAGAAAUUGCGAAGGUCGAGAAGACGAGUGCGGGCGACUUUGCUGCCACGGCUGUAGAUGGGACAGCUUUCACUGGCAGGAGAAUCUUGCUUGCUACUGGUGUCACUGAUUUGCCGCUUGAUAUCAAGGGAUAUGCUGAGUGCUGGGGUCAUGCAAUCUACCACUGCCUCUUCUGUCACGGCUAUGAAGACACCGGAAAACCUUCAGCUGGAGUCCUUGCCCUCGGCGAGAACACCAACCCCGCAGCAGCCACUGCCUUCGCACGCAGUGCCAAGCAGAUGACCCAGAAAGUUGUGAUCUACACUUCGAACAACACUACCAUGCAGACCGCAGUGGCAGACGUCCUCGGCGAAAAGGAUACCGGCAUCACAAUAGACAACAGGGAAAUCGCUUCUCUCGCUCUUGGUCCCGAAGGUAGCGGCGUUAUUAUCACAUUUGCAGAUGGAAGCUCGGCUCACGAGGCGUUCCUUGCGCACAAGCCGCCUACGAAGAUUAACGGCCCGUUUGCAGAGCAGUUGGGUGUGGAGUUGUCGCCCGGCGGAGAUAUAAAGGUGACACCGCCAUAUGGAGCCACUAAUGUCAAGGGAGUUUAUGCAGCGGGGGAUUGCGCGACUCCGAUGAAGAAUGUCAUACAGGCGAUGCAUAUGGGGACAUUUGGAGCCGUGGGGAUGGCGUUUGACCUCCAGGCUGAGGGGCCCAAAAUGUAA